AUGUCCUAUUCGCGAAGCAUCCUCAUCACCGGAGGUACCGCCGGUCUGGGCUAUUACUGCACCAUAGAACUUGCCCGCCAGUUCCCCGAUUAUCAAGUUAUAAUUGCAUCUCGAUCUGACUCUCAAGAUGCUGCCGGAUCUAUAAACAAACUCCUGGGCCAAAGCAACGUCAGCUACCUCCGACUCGACCUUUCCGACUUAUCCAAGGUCCGAUCCUUCGUCCAGCAAUGGGAAACCAACAAAUACCCUCCCAUCCAAUACCUACUCCUCAAUGCAGGCCUACAGUUUCCCGGUCCAGUUGAGUACACAGUAGACGGAUACGAAAAAACCUUCGCCAUCAAUCACAUCGGCCACGCCCUUCUAUUUUCACUCCUGGUUCCUCACCUCGCCAACACAGCAAGGAUAGUGGUAACCUCCAGCGGCACACAUGAUCCGGCACAAGAGACCGGCCUCCCCGACGCAAAGUACACCAGUGCGGAGGAUCUCGCUCACCCGACAAAGAGCUCAGCCCAGAAUCCCGGUCGCCAGCGUUACUCAACCAGCAAGCUUGCAAACGUUCUUUGGGUGUACGCGCUACAUCGGCGUCUCAGUGAGUCGAAAGAUGCGAGGCUUAAGUCGUGGACUGUUGUUGCGUUUGAUCCUGGUCUCAUGCCUGGGACUGGGCUCGUCCGUGAAGCGAACCCCGUCUUGCGCUUUCUCUGGCAUGUGAUUUUCCCUCGUGUUAUUCCGCUUUUGCGUGUGAUGCUGGGAACACCGAAUAUCAGGCUGCCGCAGGCGUCUGGGGCUAAUCUGGCUUGGCUGGCGAGUGGCAAGGAGGCUUCGUCGAGUAGUGGAGUUUAUUAUGAGGGAAGGAAGCAGAUCCGCUCCAGCGAGGAGAGUUAUGAUGUGAACAAGCAGGACGACUUGUGGGAUUGGACUGUGCGGAAUGUCGCCUCUACGGCAGAUGAAGCCGCGCGGUUUUCGUUGAUUGGUUAG